CGGGCGCGGAGCCGGGCGCGCGAUGGCGCUGGGAGCGGAGCGCUUUUCUCGGCCGAGAGCCCUGCGGGCGGCCCGGGAUGCCAAGAUGUCCGGACUAGAAGCCUGCAGUGUUCUGAGAGGGAGAUGACUUGAGUGGCCAGCUUUUUAUCUCCACAACAAUGUCUAUGAACAAUUCCAAACAGCCAGUGUCUCCUGAAGCUGGGCUCCUUUCAAAUACAACUUGCCAGACGGAAAACCGGUUUUCAGUAUUUUUUUCAGUCAUCUUCAUGACAGUGGGGAUCGUAUCAAACAGCCUUGCCAUUGCUAUUCUCAUGAAGGCCUAUCAGAGAUUUAGACAGAAGUCCAAGGCGUCGUUUCUGCUUUUCGCUAGUGCCCUGGUAAUCACAGACUUCUUUGGCCACCUCAUCAAUGGAGCUAUAGCAGUCUUUGUAUAUGCUUCUGAUAAAGACUGGAUCCGCUUCGACCAGUCGAAUGUCCUUUGCAGUAUUUUUGGUAUCUGCAUGGUAUUCUCUGGUCUGUGCCCACUUUUUCUAGGCAGUGUGAUGGCCAUUGAGCGAUGUAUCGGAGUCACCAAACCAAUAUUUCAUUCAACGAAAAUUACAUCCAAACAUGUGAAAAUGAUGUUGAGUGGAGUGUGCUUGUUUGCUGUUUUCAUAGCUUUGCUACCCAUCCUUGGGCAUCGAAACUACACAAUUCAAGCAUCGAGGACCUGGUGUUUCUACAAAACAGAACACGUCAAAGACUGGGAAGAUAGGUUUUAUCUUCUACUCUUUUCUUUUCUGGGGCUCUUAGCCCUUGGUGUUUCAUUCCUGUGCAAUGCCAUCACGGGAAUUACACUCGUAAGAGUUAAAUUUAAGAGUCAGCAGCACAGACAAGGCAGGUCUCAUCAUUUUGAAAUGGUCAUCCAGCUCCUGGCUAUAAUGUGUGUCUCCUGCAUUUGCUGGAGCCCAUUUCUGGUGACAAUGGCCAACAUCGGAAUAAAUGGAAAUCAUUCUCUGGAGACUUGUGAAACAACACUUUUUGCUCUUCGAAUGGCAACGUGGAAUCAAAUCUUAGAUCCCUGGGUGUAUAUUCUACUACGGAAGGCAGUCCUUAGGAAUCUCUACAAACUUGUCCGACGUUGCUGUGGAGAGCAUGUUAUCAGCUUGCAUGUUUGGGAGCUCAGCUCCAUUAAAAAUUCCCUAAAGGUUGCUGCUAUUUCUGAGUCACCAGUUACAGAGAAAACAAAUCAGCGAGCACCUAGUUUAAUAGAACAGUAA